GUUCAAGUGCUUCGUGUAAAAUUGUGUGACGUGUAUCCAUCACAUGAACUUCCCUGUUUUUGCAUUCGGUGAACUGAUAAACGCAAGAAUAUCAGUAAUAUUUAGACGAGGAAUACAAGAUCAAAAUAAACAGAAGAGACAUCCUGAAGUUGUUUAUUCUUCAAAGCUUUCUAAGAUCCAGCAAACAACUUAACAAGGUCUGCAUCGCAAAGUCGGAGUCGGAGCGGAGGUAACGAAGGCGGCAGCGGAGAGCACCGGCAGAACUUACCGGUCCCGAUAGGCGAUACGCAGUGCGCCACUUGCGCUUGCCACCGAGGCAACAGACAAGACAACAGUUGAUGUCAACGUCCCCAACUGGAAACUAGACAACAUUCAACAUGGAGCUCCAGACGAUGAAAGUGUGGAGCUUGAGGAUUGCUGUACUUUUUUACUUGACUUUUUCAGUGGCUGCCUCUAGUGAGAUGUUCUUGGAACCUGGUGUUUUCGAAGUAGACAUUUCUCUUUCACCAACGGCAACGGAUUCGGAAACUAUUGAUGCUUUUGAGUAUUUUAUGAUGCAGAAGAGCAUGUACGCAAACUCUGAAAUAGGCGUCGAAGUGCUUAAUUGCAGUUCAGACCCAAAGGAUUGUAAAUUUACUCUUGAGUGGACAGUUCGUCAAUCUGAUUGUGAUGGUGUCUACAGGUCAAUUUUUGCAGAUUCAAAUACUACUGCAAGUUCAAAGAGUAUGGAACAAAUCUACAAAGACCCGAAUUGCUUUAUUCUGCUUGAGGAGAACUCAAUAUCGUAUGUAAAGAGUAUUGAAGUGAAACCCAAUCCAGAAAUAUCUUGUGCUCAAGAUAGUGAAGCAACCCAUGAUAAGUUGAAUGACCUGAAAGGAAACAACUGGGAAUGCUCCAAGCGGGAUAAAACCUCUACAGUCUGUAACAAGAAACCAUUCUGUGGUCCUAUAGUAGAAGAGAAGAAAACAUCUGAUACCAAAUCUGAUGAUGAUGGAUCAAAAGAUGAGAAGAAUAAAGAUGAUGCAGCAGCAGAUACAAAGCCGGCAGAUCCCAACAGUGACAAGAGACGGAAAAGGGCAGCUGAAGACUCUCCAGCAGCGGAUCCACCUGCUGCUGAUACUCCAGCAGGUGAAGAAAAGGCGGAUCUACCUGCUGGUGAUACUCCAGCAGGUGAAGAAAAGGCGGAUCCACCUGCUGCUGAUAGUCCAGCAGGUGAAGAAAAGGCGGAUCCACCUGCUGCUGAUACUCCAGCAGGUGAAGAAAAGGGGGAUCCACCUGCUGCUGACAUUGAAAAAGGUGGAGAUGCGGAAAAUGGAGACAAGGCAGAAGCAGGAGACAAAGAUCAGGAAGCAGAAGUCAAAUCUAAAGCCGUUGUUGCUACCAAUGAUACACUGCUGAAGUACCGUGUUGUCCAUACAAAUGUUAAAGAUGGCCGCUUUAUCUUCAUUGUAUAUGUGACUUCACAAAGUGCAAAACAAAUGAAUAUCUCAAUGAGAAUAAGAAUGAAAUCUUCACACGGUUACUUGUCAGCUACACAGUAUCCCCUUCUACCUUUCUACGGAGUGAUGUGUGCUAUGUAUAGCAUACUAGGUUUGAUAUGGAUGAUACUUCUCUUUAGACAAUGGAGAGAUCUUCUCAGAAUCCAAUUCUGGAUCUCAGUUGUCAUCAUACUAGGGCUGAUUGAGAAGGCUGCUUUUGUAGCAGAGUUUGAACGGCACAACAAUUCUGGUUCCAAUUCAUCGGCUGGUAUCUUCUUUGCUGAAGAAUUGUCUGUAUUGAAGCGUACUAUGGCUCGUAUGCUUGUCAUUGUAGUCAGCUUGGGAUAUGGCAUCACCAGGCCUCGUUUGGGUCGAGAUCUCAACUGGUUGCUUGGUGCUGGUGUUAUGUUCUUCUUGCUUUCUUCUAUUGAGUCUUACUUCAGGAUAUUUGAGCCGAACAAGUCCAACGACCUGAUAGCCCUCCUUCCUAUAUCAGUAUUGGAUGCUGUACUCUGCUGGUGGAUUUUCCGGAGUCUGGUCGAUACGAGUCGCACGCUUCGUUUGAGGCGUAACUUGGUGAAACUCUGGCUCUAUCGGCAUUUCACCAAUGCCCUCAUCUUCUGUGUAGUAGCAGCUGUCGUCUUCCUAGUGUGGUCUCUUAAAGCACAUAGGAUGACCAAGUGUGUCAAGAACUGGAAUGAGAUCUGGGUGGAUGAUGCGUACUGGCACAUCUUAUUCUGUGUGAUCUUGAUUGUGAUCAUGAUCCUCUUCAGACCCACAGCUAACAAUCAGCGUUAUGCUUACUCUGUGCUCAGCGAUGCGGUUGAUGAUGAUGAGAGCAAAGAACCCAUGAUGAAUGAUGCCUUUGAGAAUGUAAAGAUGCGGAAUGUUCAUUCAAACAAGUCCAGCAACCAACCCAAGGAAGUGGAUGAUCUCCAAUGGGUAGAAGAUAACAUUCCAGCUGCUGUGGCCGAUGCGGCCCUUGGUGCUUUUGAUGAUUCGGAGGAAGAACUCAUUACAAAUGUGGAAAGGAACAAGAUGGAAUGAACACCAUCAUGGUAAAUAAUCCAAGAUAUGGAGUGAAAUGAAUAUACUUGAAAGGAUGAACAGAUGUUAGAGAUGAGUAUUCUCCAUUGUGUUUGUGUCUGUAUUGGAAAGAGAGGACGUGUUAGUGAUAUAGGCCUGUGUU